GUCAACCGCGCCGGUUCUCCUGCUCGGAAGUCUGCGCAGAGCAAAAGGGAUCGUAACAAGGACACGUUGUUCCUUCGAAUGUCAACUAGCGCGCGCCCCCGCGGACGGAUUGUUCGAAUCGCGCCACUGCCCACAGUGGACCGGCCGGGCGUCGAUUUACCGGGAUCGCACGAGGAAAAACUCGCGAACAUACUCGCACGAUGUGGAGAUUUUUGGUGCGCUGUUAUGUCACGCUGACAUCGAUCUGACGCUUUUUUUUUUUUCUUUCUUUCUUUGUUCUUUUAUCUUUCGUCGUCUCCUCUCGGACCGCUUCACGAGAGACGCGAGGCCUCCGGAAACCGGUCGCCGAUUCCGUGUUCGUUUCGCGAUCCCUUUUUCAAAAGACACUGACGUUCCCGGAAAAGCCUUGAGCCGCGGUGGGACCGGAAGUGCGUGAGUGGAUGCGAGCAAGAGGCAUCGACGGGAGAAGCCGAAGACUCUCCUGCAGAAGGACGAGGAAGAGAUGAUCUACGAGCUGCUGGUGGCCGGAGCGUUCGCCCUCGCCACACUAAGGCGGUAUUCGGUGGCACAGACGAUCACUUUCACGAGCCUUGCAUUUUUUCUGUGUUCGGGUCUGAACACGGUCUUGGCCGCACCUGCUUACGGCUUCCCGACUGCCGUGUCCAACGCGAACAGCAUGGACCGUUGGUUGCAACCCUGCGGUAACCCCGUGUCGAUGCUGCUGAAGGGAAUGUCGCAGCGGCACAGCGCACAUCGAACGCUGAAGAGGGUGCGAACACAGUUACGCGUCGCCCAGGACCACUUCAAGAAGCAUCUGAAUGAUGUGCGCGAGAUAUACUCGAAGGUGUACAAAGAGCUGAAGGAGCAGUACCGGGGAGCAAUGCCGUGGCUUCCGGAGAGGGAGUUCGAAUGGUAUUACAGGGAGGUUUGGUGUCUCGAGAAGGGAAAGAAAGCUGACCGCGCGCUUCCGCAUCUUCACGAUUCGCUCCAAAAGUUCGCCAUCACGUUCCAUUAUCUCAGCACUUUCCGACUGAAAUCCAACAUUGACGUAGACUUCACAAUGACGAGGCGAAACAAGAUUAUUAACGAAAUGUAUAACGAGAUUCUUAGGGUGUUAUGCGAAGUGGAGACUGCAAUUUUGAACUUAGGCUUGCAGAUUCCUCCGGCUCAUACGGCGAAAAUCGUUGCCAGAAAUGUGAAUUGGGCGAUGGAAGGCGACCUGACCCAGAUGUUAAUUCAAGAUUGGGGAGUUAUCAGGUUCUACCAGGUGUUCUUGAACGAUUGGACGAAAGCAUUUCGUAACGCGACUGCAAUUGGCUCAGGAAGUUGUGAUCCUAACAGUCAAAGUCCGAUACCCAAACACGUAAACAAAGGAUCUGGGCCAAAGGGUAAAAGAAUACCGAAGAUUAAAAAGCAAAAAAGGCCAGUGAUUAAGAGACGACCGGAUGCUACUGGUCGAAAGAGUUCCUUGCCUCACAAACCAAUAAAAGGUGUUCCAAGGAGCAGGCUGUUGAGGAACAAGCGAAAGAAGAUCGUGGGAAUAUGAUGAAAUUCGUUUUAUAAGGUUUCUUUCCUUCAUUUUUACAAGAUCGUCUUUUAAUAGGAAGGGUUAACAGGCAAUCACGUAUCCUUGUAGCAACAACCUCUAUAUCGUUGCGAUUGAUACGUCUUUAUAUCGUGUUAUAGAUAUUUCACGUUUUUGACAAGUAUUAAUUUAAAAGGCAUUUAAGAUAACGUAUAGAAAAUGUGUAAACCCGUUAGUUCCUUUUAGACACUUCGAGAUUCGUUGUUCGUGCGUGUGGUAUUACUCUUUUUUUAUAACUCUUUAUUUAUAUUUUUUUUUUAGCGUUUCAUCAGUAUAUUCAAAUUAUUUGCCUGUCAAUCUUUCGCGAAAGGUUUUUUUUUUUUAAUAUUCUUUGUAUUAUCACUCGUGUGUGUGUAUUUCUUAUUUAUUUUUAUCGUUACGAUCAUUCGUAGAUGCUUAGUAUUUUGCAAUCUUGCCAGUUUGUUCCGAUGGUAUAGCGUUAAGAAUUUCGCGAUAGAAUUAGACGAGAUCGGUGAUCUUAAACGAUGGUUCACCGUUUUCUUUUCGACAACUGCUGCAUUCGAUAGCUCUAUAAAACUAUUAUUGCGAAUCGAGUUGUAUACUAGAGACCAGUAUUAAGAACCGUAGUUCAGAACAGUAUUAUACUAAAAUAACAUACAAUAACUAGGAUAGUUAAUAACAUUGAUAUAAAGAGCGAUACGUAUGACGCGUUUAGAUUGGUUCACUUUACGAGAUAAUUUCAGCGAACGUGAAUUCAUCGCAUUGUGUGUACGUGCGAAAAAGGUAGUAAAGUAAUAAGCACAUGCGCAUAAUUAAAUGCAACAAAUACAUGAAAUGUGCGAAGAGAUUGAUUCCAAAUUAAGAUGGUGACACUUCAUCUUUUACUCUAAGAAAAACAGAUAAAAUAAAUUGGGGUCUCAGAAUAUUUAAAUGAAUCUUAUAAUUACGAUCGUGAACCAAAAAAAUUAGGACAAAUACCAGCGCUUUAAAAAUUUGACAUGUUUUUGUCCACUUGUAUCCUCAAAUUAGUUCUCGCGUCAAGUUUAUAUAAUUUUUCGUGAAUGUUUAUGUAUCUUAAAAUUUAAGAUUGUAUGUAACGUUCAAAGUACGAGGUAUAAAAUAUGGUGUGCAAGAUAAUUGUCUGCAUACUUGGAUUUCAUUUUUGGGAUUUUUUACUUGAACACGAGUUUGCGUAAAAAUUGACGAUCCGCAUACAUGUAAGAGAAAUUGCUAGUAUGCGACUUUUCGCAUUGCACACAAUGCUCCCGCACUUUCAGCAAUUCAAUCAAUCGCGGCUGGUUACGAGUGCACUCGUCAAGAUAAAACUCGAGGACCGAGUGACAUCGAAACAACGUGAAAACGAUAGCACACAGUCGUCGGUUUAAUCACACCGAACAAGACGAUUUAUCGAACUUUAUUUAUUGUAGCUUUAACAGUAAGCGGACGAAAGCUUAAUGUCGUUUAGCUGUGAUAUCUUGAGCGUACGUGGACGUACAGAGUUCCUACGUUUUAUACAUAGGCACAUUAUAUAUCUAUUUGUAAGUAUGUAACGUGCUUUUAUGCGUUCGCGGUAAUGCAAGCUUAGGUGUAAAAUGUCAUUACUUCCCCUAUUUAAUUUGUUUCCUCGUCAGUCCGUAGAAUCUCGGCUUGUUACGAACAUGACAAAAUUCUUUCUUGACCACGCUCAAAUGUAAACGAACAAUUUUCAAAUACACGUUAUCACAACAUUAGAACAACCACGUAUUUAAGAGUUGUCGAAAACGAAAGAAUAAAUUUCGAUUAUUCUAUAUAUCUUUUAUUAUUCUAUACUCGGGUUAAUUUUUUUGAAUACGUAAAUAUUUUAUUAAUUUUAUUCAGAACGAAAGAUCUAAGAUAUACCAUUUUGUCGAUAUCAAGUUAUUCUAACGUUAAGAAGAUACUUAAUACCGUUUUGUUAUCGAGGUCACAUGAUCGAUUAUUGAAAUAACGGGGGACCAAUUUCACAGUUCAUGUAUUUACAGAUUAGUAGACUGCGAAUGUUUAAUUAGAUUUUUUUUUUUAAAUUGUAUGUGCAAUAAUAGUAUGAAAUGCGGAGGGACCUCCAGAUAAUUAAUCUUUAUCUCAUUAUGUUUAAUUGUACUUACGAAUUUACAUAAACAUUCGCAGUCCAGUUAUUAAUAUACGCAUUAAAAGUGCGAGCGUGUGCUGCGCAAAAGUACUUCUUUGUUGAAACGAGAACAUACUUAUAUUGGCAAGACAAUCAAUCUUCAAAUUGUAUCAGAUCGGUACUUCGAUGUACAUGUACUUUAACGCUACGUAUUUUUCUACUUGAUAUUUACAACCGACGUGAUACUGAACGUUUUAUACACAAAGACACACGUACACAAACGCGUACAUACACACACGUUUAUACAUAAGGAUUUUAGUUGCAUUUUAUCAAGUAUACGUAGUAGUAUAUUUAUUCUUGCGUACAUGUAAGCGUACAUAACGUUACAAUUUUAUUUAUUAUAUCACGUUAUCAUCGCAUAUUAUUA